AUGGCCAACACUACGGUUGGGCUAAACCUAUGCCCACCGCCGUUCUUCGACCAAACGCUAUUUCCCGACGAGGGUGGAUUUGUCGAUGGACGGCUCUGUCAAACGGUGGGCACUAUGCAAUGCUGCCUGCCAUGUCCCAUGACCGACUGGGUGUACCCUGAUCGUUUCGAGACCCUGACGGCGGUCGCGAACUGGGUCGCUGCCUUUAGUGUUCUGUGUUGCGUCUUCUUGCUCCUAUCAUGGGCAUGCUUGCCCGUGGACAAGACCAACCGCCAUUAUCUGAGCAUAUGUUUGACCUUUGCCGUGUUGCUAAUGAAUCUGGGCUUUGUGAUUCCGCUGGCAGCGCGACCGGAUCAAUGCUACAAUGAGAUCACCCCCCACAGCAUGAAGACAAGCCAGGUCUGUGGCGCCUCGGGCGCAUUCCUCCUCCUCGGAGGCUGGGCUGGCGUCAUGUGGGUGUUUCUCAGAUCCGUAUCGCUUCACCUUCAGAUCUGCUGGCAGGUUCUUGUUGGCCGAAACUUUAUGAUCUUUGCCCAGGCGGCGGGAUGGGGAGUUCCUAUUCUGGGCAUCAUCCUGGCCCUCGUCUUCAGCGGUGUCUCGUUCCGCUUCGGGGCGACAUGUCACAUUAACCACUCUAAUAGCUUGGCUGACUUCUGGAUCCCUCUGAUGCUCUUCGCCGGGUUGACUGUCAUCAUCACCUUUGCCACCUUUGGCUACUGCAUCAAGGUUUACCUGGCUGCCCUGGGCGACAACGGCGCGUCCUCAGAGGGUUCUAGCCUGCCUACUUACACCCAAAGCAUCAAGACCAUGAGCCCACGACAAGCAUACCGCAGGGUUCGUCGCGUCAUCGCCCUUCAAUGGCGAGGCAUUGCCAUCGUUCUCAUCAUCAUCGCCGAUGUCAUCUUCUUUUGUGUCAUCUUUGUAUUCCAGGACAACGUCGUGCAGUCUGUGACUGACGACCCCACAUUGGCUGAGGACUGGGUGAAGUGCCUGGUGUUGGAGAACGGCAAAAAGGCCAAUUGUCUCGACGAAGCAACAGCACUUGUCCUUAACGAAGCAACCGUCACGGCUGUGUUGCUUCUUCUCGCACUCAACGGCCUUUGGCUACUCUUCUUCCUCGGACGAUGGUCCAUGGCCCAAGGAUGGCUCGAACUAUUCUCGAAGCCGUUCAAGAACAAGAAAGAAUUUGUAUCGGUGGAUGCCCACAUCGAUGCCAAGAAUAGCACACGUUCGUACGAGAUGCUCUCACGAGAUUCGAGCGCCGCGGUAACACCCAUUACUCCAGUGAAGUCCCCUGAGAGUGGACGAAGAACCCCCGACUACUUUGGGCGAACUGCUCGCUACCAUGCGCCAGCGCGUUCGUUCUCGAGCCCCAGACCCCCGCCAGCUACAUCAUGGGAUGCCGGAGAGACGUUUGCUAUGCCGACAUAUAAAGACAAAGACAUGCACCCAUUGAGCAUGAACCAAACAUAA